AUGGGGCCUCGAUGCUAUGUGCUGCUGAUCUCGGGCACCUUCAACCCCCCUCAUCGCGGCCACGUCCGCAUGGGCCUGCAGACCAAAGCCCAUCUCAGAAAGCUGGGACACCAAGUGAGUGCGAUCUGCUACGUGCCUGUGCACGACAACUACAUGCUGAACAAGCAAGCCCUGGCUUCGAAGUCCAAGCCUAACGGCAGCCAGAAAGCGGAGUUGCUGGCCUCUGAGAUCUUCCUCUCCAUGACGAGGAGAUGCGAGCUACUCAGGGAGCUCGUGGAGCAGGAAGGGCCGGAAGCCGAGGCCGCCUGCCACGUCCUAGAUUAUGAGCUGCAGCAUGGCACACAGCUUCUUGAAGAUUCGCCCAACUACUGGGCCUCGCGGCUGCCUGCAGGCUACCUGCGCACGGUGCCGACGAAGGCAUUGCUGAACCACUUCGCAGCCCACUCGCCGCUGGUAAAGGAUGGUCAGCGGCUAGCCGCCGUCUUCGGCGUGGACAACCUCGCAGGAAUGGCCUCUUGGAACAACCCCUCCGAGCUACUGGACAAGACCGACCUGGUUCUUAUCUCCCGGCAGGCGGAGAGCAUCCGGCUGAGCCAGGACCCGAGGGCCUUGCUGUCGGCGCUUCGCAGCUUCCAGAUUGACGCGCGGGUGGCGAUCAAGUACGGCGAGAAGGAACUACUCGGAUCUACCCUUGGAUCCUUCGAGAAUUCUGCCGCCUCGGGGGUGGCCUCCUUGUUCCUGCUGCCAGCACUGGAGGGGCCUGACGAGGCCCUUAGCUCCACGCGCAUCCGUGAGAGCGUCGUCGGCUGUGCGCGGCUGCUGAAGGAGCACGGCUACCCGAAGACGGCUUUGGUGGCCCUCAGCCAGGACGUCCUCUCCAGCGCCGCGGCGCUGCGGGCAGCGCGCGCUGACGCCGAGGCACGCGGGGAGCUGGAAGAGCCUGAUGCAGCCGGCCCACCCGCGAAGCGUCCAUGCAUCGGUUGA